AUGGGCACUCGUGAUGGUGUCCCUCCAGCCAAGGUUCUGGCUCCAGUGGCCGUGUACUGCGGGAGUGUCCCCCGGACCAAUGCUGGGCCCCGAGUUCCCCCCCCUGCAAACAUCAACUCCAGCCUGCCGGCUUAUGGUGAAGGUCCCCUCCAGCCUCUGCCGAGUGUCCUGCUGAGCAGAGAGACUCCAUCACAGCUCUUGAGUGGACAUGGGGACCCUGGAAGCCUUAAACUAGAUACCACUCCGAAAAGCUGGCAGGCCAGGAACGGCCAUCCCAGGACCCCAAAGGCUCUGCCUUUGGGGCCUCACCCCCUGGUGCCCAUCCUCUCACUGGAGUCGGAGGCUAACAGCAUGGCCCAGGACACCAUGCAGAUCAAGGAGAAGCUCAAGAAGAGGAGGCUGUCAGAGGGCAUGGCAGCAUCUUCUCGAGCUUCUCUGGAUCCCAUUGGAGGCCCCAAAGGAGUUCCUCUGAGGAGCACCGUCCCCCGUACCACCUCUCAGAGGCUGCUGAGGGCACCCAGGCCGAUGCCUCCCAUCCAGAGCAUCCCCACCACUCCUGAGGCCAGUGGAGCCAAGGAGAAGGAACUGGACCCACCCAGGAGCAGGCAGGGGCCCCAGGAGUUGAGAGCCGGAGCUCAGCAGGUGCAGAUUUCCCAACAAUAUCUACACUGCAAUGAUGAGAAGAUGCACAAGUCGCUGGGCGGCCUGGUGAUCCCUCCCAUCCCCAAGGCUGAGACGCAGACAGGGCCCUCCAUGUCCAGUCCCUCGGCAUCAGGCCAGGAUGACCUCACAGGACUGAGGGCCCCCUACACACGAUUGGUUCAGGAGAGUGGGCCUCAGGAGAAGACCCCUAAAUCUCUGGACUCCAAACCUCUGGCCCCACCUGUGAGGGACAAGUCUUCGGUAGCCCCUGAGAAGCCCCUGGCUUCAUCACAGUCUACUCCUAUGCUGACAGCAUUCUCCUUUGGCCAUGCCAAAGAAGCCCACCCCUUGUGGAAAGAAGAGGACCAGAAGGAGAUCAGCUCCAAGGUCCAAGUCACCAUCUCCAAGUCAGCCCAGGAGAAGAUGCGGCUGAAGCAGCUGAAGGAGAUAGAAUCAUUCCGGAGGGCAAAGGGGCCAGAGAGGGAGAGAGAACUGGCUUCCCAGGGCCUGGGUCCACGGAGACCCUUGGUGAAGGAAGGCCUCCUCCCCCUCCGGGGAAGUGGGACCCAGUCUGUGCCUACUGGAAUGAGCAGCCCACACAGAAACAACAUUGGCGUCAUCCUGAGGAAGCGAGCCAACCGGUCCUCCCUGCCCAGCAUCCCUGUCAGCAAGCAGGAGCCCCGCUUUGCCCGUCAUGCUUCAGCUAACUCCUUACCUGCGGUGCUCACCUUGGGGUCUCCCGAAUGGGACGAGGAGGAAGAGGAGAUGGACCUGAGAGCUUUUAGGGAGUUGAGGCCCUUCUCGAACCCAGAGCUGGGGUUGAUGGAUGCUCUGCAGUGCCUCAACAGCAGUGACUGGCAGAUGAAGGAGAAGGGCCUGGUGAGCAUCCAGCGCCUGGCAGCCUGCCAUUCGGAGGUCCUUCUCACCGGGAGGCUGCACGAUGUGUCCUUGGCCGUGGCAGGGGAGGUCACAAACCUCCGCUCCAAGGUGUCCCGCCUGGCCAUCAGUACCCUAGGAGACCUUUUUCGGGCUUUGAAAAAGAACAUGGACCAGGAAGCUGAGGAGGUGGCCCGCUGCCUGCUGCAGAAGAUGGGGAACACCAGCGAGUUCAUCCAGCGGGCGGCCAGCCGGGCCCUGGGUGCCAUGGUGGAGAAUGUGACUCCAGCCCGAGCCUUGGUGGCCCUCACGUCUGCGGGCGUCUACCAUCGAAACCCUUUAGUCCGGAAAUGUACUGCCGAGCACCUGUCAGCCGUCCUGGAGCAGAUCGGUGCUGACAAGCUUCUCUCAGGCAGCAGGGACAGUACAGACAUGCUGGUGCACAACUUGGUGAGGCUGGCCCAGGACUCCAAUCAGGACACCAGGUUUUAUGGCCGGAAGAUGGUGAAUAUCCUGAUGGCAAAUGCCAAGUUCGAUGCGUUUCUGAAGCAAUCCCUCCCCUCUCAUGACUUGCGGAAAGUCAUGGCAGCCAUUAAACAGCGUGGCCUAGAAGAUAAUCAUGAACUUCCUUCUGCCAAAGGCCGCAAGGUGUUGCGAAGUCUGGUACCGUGUGAGAACGGGCUGCCCAUGGAGGAGGGGCUUGGCCCCAGUGGCCCGCGGCUAGCAGGGCUGCGCUCUUCCACACGGGGUGGUGCAGAGGUGGUGGAGCAGCUGCGGGAGCUGACGAGGCUGCUGGAGGCCAAGGAGUACCAGUCUCGGAUGGAAGGUGUGGGGCAGCUGCUUGAGUGCUGCAAGACCAAGCCAGAGCUCAUCACCGCCCACCUGGUCCAGGUCUUCGAUGCAUUCACGCCAAGGCUUCAGGAUUCCAACAAGAAAGCCAAUCAGUGGGCGCUCGAGUCCCUUGCCAAGAUGCUGCCCCUCCUCAAAGACAGUGUGUACCCCAUGCUGCUCUCCCUCAUCAUCGCUGUUGCAGACAACCUCAACUCCAAGAACACCGGGAUUUCCACUGCCGCCGCCACUGCGCUGGAUGCCAUGAUGGACAGCCUGGACCACCUCUGCCUCCUGCAAGCGUUUGCUGGGCGUGUGCGUUUCCUGAGUGGCCGAGCAGUGCUGGAUAUCACAAAACGCCUGUCAGUGCUGGUGGCCUCAGUUUACCCUCGAAAGCCUCAGGCUGUGGAGCGGCAUGUCCUUCCGGUCCUCUGGUACUUCCUGAACAACAUGACUGGGAACGGAGUCCUUCCUGGGCAUGGUGGGAACGUCCGGGCUGUGGUGUGCCUUUUGUCCAGGAGCCUCCAGGAGCAAAUGGGUUCCCGCCUGCAGGACUUUGCAGCCAGCCAGUCCCAGCCAGUCCUCACAACGCUGCGGGAACUCUUAGACCCAGAAUCCCUGGGAAGCAGUCACAAAGUCAGUGGCAGCGGCAGGAAGACAACUAGCAGCUCCGGCCUCUUGCAGCUGGAUUAAGGAUGGAUCUGACAUGGGCAGUUAUUAUUAUUAUUUUUUGGUCCUCUUUUAUUUUUUUAU